AUGUCUUUGUUAAGUCCAAUCUCUCGGGCCCCAUCGAUGGAUGUGGCAGGUCCUUCGCGUACGACACCUUCUGAAUACGAGAUGGACGCCGAGACCUCUGCGCUGAUCGCCAAACUUGCGCUCGAAGAUCUUAAUGAGGUCUAUGCGGCGCGCAAAGGCAAAGCGCGGGCAGACGCGCCGCCUACGGACGAGGAGCUUGCGUUUGAGAUGCAGUGUCUGCAUUACCAGCAGUUAAUUACGCUAGCGGACGAUGAGCGGUUGGCGAAGAGUAUUAGCGACGCUGUGAGUGCGGAUGAGGCGUAUGUGGCUGCAUUGGUGGCGGCGGAGGAGGCAGCUGAGGCAGAUCGACGUGCGGCGGAGAUGUUAGCGAGGGGAGAGCCGAUGCCGGAGCAGAACGAGGCGCAGGCGAGGAUGGAGGAUAAGUCGUUUGUUAUGCAUCCUGAGCCGCCGAGCACAAAUUCUACAGCGACGUCUGCAAAUAUAGGAAAGCAACGGGAAAAGCUUGUUGACAUAGCAGAUGAAGAAAGUGUUGGACCUCCAUCGACAUUGGUUACUCCACCUUUCAUCAAGCCAACAAAUGACAGCAACCACACCCAGGUGUCCAUCGCCAAAGUAAGCGUGGGUGGACCUGCUUCGAGUUCUUCUUCAACAACCAAGAAGCGACAUCCAACGAUUGAGUGUACAAUCUGUACGGAAUCGUUCCCGGUGCACAGCGUUUUACGCGCUCCUUGUAAUGAUUAUUACUGUCAACCAUGCAUUAAAUCUCUCGUCGAACAUUUUAUUCGCGACGAGUCCCUGUUCCCACUUCGGUGCUGCCAGCAACAUAUUCCAAUUAACCUCGUCGAGCCAUUCAUUUCCUCUUCGCUCAACAAAAUGUUCCGCGCAAAACACCAAGAAUACAGCGUAUUAGCAAAAGACAGAGUCUAUUGCGUGACUCCGUCGUGUUCAAAAUUUCUGGGGUCGAGUGAGGGGGAUACAAUGUACGAGAUAUUGUGCACAGAUUGUUGGACGUCAACAUGCCCAAAGUGCAAACAAGCAUAUCAUGGAAGAGACGAGUGUCCUGUCGAUACCUUGAGAGUCGCGCUCCGUGAGCUUGGUGAAAGGGAGGGCUGGCAAACGUGCCCUGGGUGCCAGGUACUGGUCGAGCUCGAGCUGGGGUGCUAUCAUAUGACGUGCCGUUGUCAAAGCCAGUUCUGCUACUUGUGCGCGGCGCCGUGGAAGAACUGUGAGUGUCCCCAGUGGGAUGAGGCCAGGCUUCUCGCUACUGCAGAGAGGAGGGUGGAGAAUCAGGUUGGGGAGAGAGUUCAGAAUAUGGCGGCUAACUUGCGGGUUACCCAUGACUGUACUCCCUCACAUUCCUGGCAAUACCGGCCGGGUGGCGGACGGUGUGAAGAGUGUCAUUUCGAGCUCCCAAAUUAUCUUUUGUCCCAUUCUUCGCCACCAGGGACCUCGACCAGCUUGAAGAAAGCUCCGGCGGCGGCGGUGGCGGCGACCACAACGACGACCACCCAGCUCCAAACGCUCACUUCUGGCGAUUCCAUAAGAGCAUCUGUCAACCACCUGCUUGCAAGGGCGUUUUCUCUCCCCUGCUCGACAGCUGCGUUGGCUUUUACUCAGCUCGUUCAGCCAACCUCGCGAUUUCAGCUGGCUCUUGACGCGUUGUUGCCAAUUCUUGAUUCCAACACGUCUGCUGAGAAACAGGGGCUCACCAUCGAUGUGCACGUUCUACAGCUAGCUCAACGGAUUCUGGUCUCUUUUAUUCUGUAUUCGCUGUAUACGCCCCAUCCCGUCACCAUCAACCCCUUCAAAUCGGCUCUCCUCGUGGCUUACGUGAGGGAGCGUGAAAAGGCCGUCAGCAUUGCAAAUGAGGGUGGAGUUAGCCCCAAUGAGCAGUUUGUUUGGGUCUUGUGGAAAAUCCUGAAAGGUGAUGGUAAUGAUGUGAGUGUCACCAUUGUUUCCGCCCGCCACGCUCUUUCUAAUCGUAGCCAAUCCACCCAGAUUGGCCCAUAUUCCCCGAGCACGCUGUCACGCUGUCCACUUCCACCUAAACUAAGAGCGAUUAAUCUGGUCCUUGAUGAAGAAUUGUAUAAUAGUAUUUCUGACAUGCUAUCGGCCUCCUCCGAUACUGACGAAUCCACGACCAACUCUACGCAUACGCACACCUACAUUCACGACUCGAGAUCGCCUGUUCCUCGUGCAAUCUCGGACACUCCAUCUCGCUCGCCCGUCAACUUUGAUGAGGACAGAAAGAAUGAAAGGCUCAUCCAUGCUAUGAAGCUUUUGCUGGCAGCUCGCGAUCGCGUUCUCAGUCUGUCUGAGCAACGAAUGCUGGUACCGAUCAUCCCCGACCUUGCCAACACUAAUAUCAUCACCUCCAUCGAUCUGGCCCCCAUCAUCGCACAUAAUCCUACCAUUGCGCACCCGCUCCUCGUUGCCCUGCUCACGAACCCCAACCCGGAGAAGAACAAUCCUCUGCCGUUCUUGGACGUCAUUCCGUUCUUACCUCCCACACUCGCAACUUUCGACCUCUUUGGCCGCCUUUUGCGCGACCAAACGAGGGUCACGGUGCAGGGAUACUCCACGGUUGCUGACCUCGUGUUGAUUGAGGUCUUGGCCCGCUUUGUACACGAGUGCAUCAACUGGCUGGACCACGCAGAGCGUGAGGAACGAGAGGGCAAUAUCAGUGAUGAUCGAUUUGCUAAAGGAGUCCAGAACUUGUGCCGGUUCUACAACUCGCUCAUCAAGUUCAACAUUGUCGAUCCGACUGCGGACGCAGACUCGACUGAGAUGGCACACUUUAGCCUGCGCAAUGCCCGCUUCGAGGAAGCCAACAAUCUCUAUCGCGUCAUCGCCACAUCCAGGUUCUAA